UAACUGUUUACUUCAGUUCUAGUUGGAAGUGAAUCAACAUGUCAAUUUGGCUGAGGGGUUUCUGAUUCAAUUUUGCUGACACUUUAAAAAAACGCGCUCUCUGUUUACAAGUAAUGCGUAUUUUGGAUUUUUGCUUCUGAAAAUUCAUACUGCGAUCCCCCAGCACAUUUCCGGAAGAUAAAUGCAUCUUUUCAAAGUUCACUUAUACAUAUAAAAUUGUCGAUCGUCAAAGGCACUGUGCCACGUAGUAGUUCCAGCACUUAAUCCUUUUUAUUUUGAUCGAUUCUAGGACAAAUACCGUGAUUUUUGGUUUAUGUAACACUUUUAUAAUAUUUGAAUGGCUUACUUUCAAAACUCCCAGCAAACAAAGCCAUCCUUGUCCGGAGGGGCGAGUGAAAAUGUAAAAUGGUUAAGCAGGCGCAGGCCCAAUUUGACAAGUCCAGCGAUUCAGCCGCAGAAAUUGGACGCUUUACUUCGAAACCGCGAGCCUCUUCGCAUACCGACAACCGGAAAAGUUUUGAGCAAGGUUCAAGGCACUCAAGAAAAUUCCGUGCAAACUGUUUUUGGUAACAGAAUAAAUCAACUUAAUCAAGACAGUUCAGAUAAAAUUACUUGUUUAGAAAAUAAGGAAAGUAAACCCGUUGAAUCUACUAAGCUAGAGGAAUUGUUCGCCAAUUUAAAGAUGCCGGAAACGAAAGGUAAACAGGAACACCUUGGUACUAAACAAAAAUCUGGGAAACAAUCUCAUGAAUCUCUUCAAUACAAACCAGCAGCAUCAGCUGCUUUACUUCCAUCUUCUUCGUCCUUAAUUUUAAAUAGAAAUGCAAAAGAGCAAUCAAAGUCUUCACCAGUUACCUUUUCUAUGGACAAAGUGAACGAAAUUUUUAAUGGCAUGCUUAGUAAAAACUCGUCAGAAGGUUUUAAACUUCCAAGUAAAAUGGAUAAAUCAAAUUCUUAUGUUCCCAGCACUUCAACAGAUGACUUGCGAAAGAAAACUGAAUCCUUCGUAGGAAACAGGAAGAACAGCAAUCAAAUUAAUUUGAAGGAUUUCCUGUGUCAUUCAGUGCUGGCCCACAGCCCAAAACCAGGAUAUCCUGACACCUGUAAUCAGAAUAUAAGUUUUUGUGAGGAGAUCCAAAUGUCGUUGGAUGAGCUGAACUUUCAAAGACCGAUAGAAACUCAACUGUACGCUUGGCCGCAUCUCUUGAAUCGUGGAUCUUUGGUCCUGGUAAAUGGCUCAAGAACUGGUCGCUCCUGGAGCUACCUGCCCGUACUUUGUAACUCGGUGUUGCGUUCCUUGGAGAACAUCCCAUCCACUAAUGGAAAUCUUAAAGUCCUCGGACCUCUGGCUUUGCUAGUUGCAGAUUCUGUUGAAACUGCCAAAAAGUUAACUACCCAUUGCGACUUUCUCUUGAAAAACUACUCAACUAAUUACCUCAAGGUGGUCAACACGCAUGCGCAUCCCAUGAUAGAUGUUUAUCGAAUGCUGCUUGGUUCUUGUGGCAUUUUGGUGACAACACCUUCUCAUUUGCUGGGCAUAUUGACCAAUGAAUUAAACCUAGUGGACCCAGCCAGACUGGAGUUCUUAAUCUUUGAUGACAUAGAUCGAAUGCGCCUGGAAAGUCCAGAGCUUCUGGGUAAAGUGCUGCAGAUAGUUAAUGGCCUGGAUUGUCCAAUGAUGCAGUUGGUUGUGGUGGCUCAACAGUGGCAUAAGGAGAACUUCAAGAAACUCCUAAAGCAAACAGUAAACCCGCUAAUCCUCAUCGGUGAUUUUUUCAAGGCAGCCAUUUAUGGGGGACUAAUAUUGAAGUUCCUUCUAAAGAGUUCCGCAUUAAAGGCUAACCAACUUCUCGAUGUCCUGUCGACACAGGAAGGUCUGAAAAGGCGGACGUUAAUUUACUGCCAAAAUCAGUUGGAACUGGAGAACCUACAAAAUAUUUUGACCAAAGGCGGACAUCAAUGUAUAGAUAUUUCGAAGGCUGGAAACCAGGAACCCAACGAGCUGUUGCUGGUCAGCGAUGAGGACAUUCAAGAGGAACUGCGAGUGAGAAACAUCGAGCUGCUUAUCCACUUCAAUGUUCCGGAAUCCUGGUCGAGGUUUACUGUUCGAUUUUACACCAUGGCAGAGAGUAUACCUAACUUUUUUAAAGUUCUGGGAACCGAUAAGCCACCUGUCACCUAUUUAAUGCUGGACGAAACAAACGCCGCGGAAUGGCACCGAACUUUGAAAUCCCUCCAGAGUUUGGGAGCUACAAAUGAUUGGAUGUCUGAAUUAAUGCCCCGCUGGAACCACAAAUCGAAUAACAGUCGAGUAUUCUGUGAAUCCUUACUGAGCAGUGGAAAUUGCAAUCGGCUAGUUUGUGAUAAGCGUCAUCACUUCGUUAAGGCAGAUCUUCCGCAUCCUGAUAAUUUGCUUCAGGAACAAGGAACCGUAAUUCGCGGCAAAAUAUUUAAAAUAUACGACCCAGCUCACUUUGCAGUUUGGCCCAUUAAGUACAAGUGCAAGGACUCGACCAAUUGGAUGGAUGUACCUUAUCCCUUCGAUCCAUCUAUACUAAUGUUAAAAAUGAAUUUGGCAUUGAAGGAGAAGUCUAGUAAGCCAUAUAAUCUUAACGAUGUCUUUUUUUUAAUGUAUCACGAGCAAGUGCAGCGUGUGAGAAUCAUGGACGUUCGUUCCUCCUCGCAUUCGGUCACUGUCCAAUUCAUGGAUCACGGCACUGAGUUUAUGGAGGUCAAGACCAGUGAGUUGCUUAAGUGUCCGAAGGAGUUCAAGACCAUACCACCUCUGUCCCUGGAUAUUCGUUUAUCGGGAGUGGUUUCAGCCGGAGAAGAAGGUCAGUGGUCCGCGGAAUCCAUUGAAUGGGUGCAGAGUCACAUUGAAGGGCAGGAUGUUUUGGUAACCGUUGACUUAGCCAUUAUGGAUCUGAUCUAUGCCGAGGAAAUUACCUCGAUAGAGGAGUGCCGAACAAUGAAAACAACAGUCAACAAAAUAUUUUUGCGCAGAGAGUUACUUCGUCAAGGAUUCGCCAAAAAUGGAACUCUCAUGGAAACAAUGCGCUUUCUUCACAUGCAUAGGAAAGCAGACUUGGAAAUGCCGACCAUUGUGGACUCCACAAGGCAAAAUAAGAAGGGUUAUAAUUCAAACAAACAAGAAAACGGCACUGAUGAGCCUAAGACAGUAGAGGAAAAUAAGUUGUAUGAGAAUGUUCCUGAUUCAAACAAAGAAAACAUUUUAAGCUCAAUUAAUAGAAUUGUAAAUGAGGAGUCUGCCAAAACCGAAGAAAUUCAAACCGGAAUUGAUGAACAAAAUACAGAAACUCCAGCAAUAGACAGUUCUACUGCACUAUUGAACGCUGUGAUCAACGAGUUGAACACUAAGAGUCCUUCGAAGAAAGAGGAUACGCAAAAAUUCCUACACAGCAUUAUUAAUACAGCAGAAAGCCAGGAAGUUGCAACCAAGAAAUCCUGCCCAAGAGCACUAAAAUUGGAGCAAACCUAUGAUGUUAACCUUCAAGAGCCAUCCAAGGAACUAGUAGCGCAUUCCUUGCAGUGUGCCACAAAAGCUGGGGAGUCGGUUCAUCCCAGGGUUAAAUGGCAUCAGACCCACACUCAUAUUGAGCUUGUAAUUGAGCAGCAAGUGUCAGAGUAUAACCUGGUUCUUGAGGGUUAUUCCUUGAUCUAUAGCGUAACAACAACUACACCACCUCAGCGGUGCGUCCUUAACCUGCUGGGCGAAGUUAUUAUCGAGUCGGUGAAGCAGCACGGGUAUUUCCUCCAUGUCAGGUUGGCCAAGGUUAAUCUACUGAUCUACUGGCCAUCACUUCUCAACUCGCUCUACGCCCAAAAACAUUCCCCCUGGCUGGUAUACGAUACUGAGCGAGCUGAAGGACCUCCACCAUCAAAGGCACAUGUCCUCUGGAAAGGGUAUCAAAGGCAGGAGAUAAGCAAGAGGGGUUCGAACCCAGAGGAAGAAGAAUUUUCUUCUGCCCCGGAGGACUUUAGCGAGCCGGAAGUUGAAUUCUCCGAGAAAGACUCCAUAUUAUAUGAAGAUUGUUAGGUGUUACGUAACUUUUUUUCGUAAUCUUUGUUAAAUUUUACUCUUAAUUAACUGUUUGGCUUUAACCAGAUACCUGCCAUUUAUUUCUUUUGAUUCCUAAUAAAAUAUAUCAACUUAUUAAA